UCUGAAAGUUGUAGAGGAGGGGGGACACACCAACUUUCUGUUCAAUCUGGCCUCCCUCAGCUCCUCACACAGCAACAACUUCUUAGCGACAAAGCUGAGCAAAGUUACUUGAGUUUAGUGAAAAGCUGUGAGCGUGAGCAUGGCGGGAGGCUCGGUGUCCGAGUGUAAGGAGUAUUUGUUUAAAGUGCUGGUCAUCGGGGAAUUAGGUGUCGGCAAAACCAGCAUCAUCAAACGCUACGUCCACCAGCUUUUCUCGCAGCACUACAGGGCCACCAUCGGGGUCGACUUUGCAUUAAAAGUGAUCAACUGGGACAGCAAGACACUGGUGCGGCUACAGCUGUGGGACAUCGCAGGCCAGGAACGAUUUGGGAACAUGACGCGGGUGUACUACAAAGAGGCUGUUGGGGCAUUUGUUGUCUUCGAUGUGACGAGGGGUGCCACGUUUGAAGCUGUGUCUAAGUGGAAGCAUGACCUGGACAGUAAGGUGAAGCUGGCUAAUGGCAGCCCCAUCCCCUCAGUGCUGCUCGCCAAUAAAUGUGACCAGAAGAAAGAGACAUCCAACAACGUGGCCCUAAUGGACAAUUUCUGCAAAGAGACUGGCUUCCUGGGUUGGUUUGAAACCUCAGCUAAGGACAACAUCAACGUGGAUGAGGCGGCACGUUUCCUGGUGGAAAAUAUCUUGGCUAAUGACAAAGGUUUGCCAUACGAGGAGAGCAAUGGAGACCGGAUCAAACUGGACCAGGAGACUGUGGCUGCUGAGAGCAAGUCAGGCUGCUGCUAACGUUCAAUCCAUUCACGUUAACCAUCCGCCUGCCUUUGGCAGGGUCCAGUGAGCUCGCCCAGCCUGUGGCUCCAGCUCGCUGUUGCACCUACGGAGAGGAAUAUGAAUUUUUUGGGGGGUCUUCAAAGCUCCAGGAACUUCUCUCUUCACCGAUGCUCAUGUGUGCCACACAUCCAAGUUCUCCAUUCCCUGGUUUUAUUUUGGUAUUGCCUCAAAUGCCAUCAGAGCAUUUACUGUUUUGUUCAUUCUUUGUAUAUUGUCAUCCACUUGUUACCUGUCCAGCAUUAUAUAUAUUAUUUUACUGUGCUUCUGAACUCUUUCCUCAGUGUGCAGAUGGAUGUUAAUGCCCCUGAAACAUACACUUUAAAGCACAGUUAGUAUCUUUCUCUCUAGAUGUUUGUAAAGGGGCAUUGCAGUUCAACAUCUUUAUAAUGUCAUCAUAUCUGAAAUGGGUGUGAAGAUAUAUUGCCUUUGAUUUCUUAUUUCCCUAUGAAGAAAUGUUGCCUAACACUGUUCAUGCACUUGCGAGCUCCCUUUGCAGAUGCACAAUACAGUAUUUUAGUAAGGUAGUAAUGAUAAUAAUAAUAAUGAUGAUAAAAAUAAUGAAGGAAAAAACACUCUACAUUGACAAACCUUUCACUUGGUUUUGUUUACACUGGUAUGAUAGUGUAAAUGCACAUUAUGUACUUUUAAAAUGUUUUUGCAUCCUGCACUGUAUGACUAUAGUGUGGUCUGAAAACAGAAUAUUAUUUUGUACGGUACAUUUGGAUGGUAAUCUGUUAGUGUUGAUGAAGGAUAAAGGAUGUUUUAAACAUGUUUACAUGUGAAAAUACUUAAAUACCAAAAUAGAAUAAAAGUUUUAACAUAUUUGUGUUUCCUAUCUGGGAUUAGACUACCUGUUCAAUUUUAUCUGAUUAAACGUGUUUUUCUAAUCUAUUGAACA